AAUUGGCCGUAAAAUACGUGCUGGAUGGUGGAAGAAGUGCUCACGGCUGGCUGUGCUGGCUUUGCAUGAUCGCACAGGAUCCUAAAACAAACAAACAAACAAUAACAACAUCAACAAUAAAAAAAAACCUAGCUGCUCUGCAUGGAAUACUGAGCAAAGCCUGGGAGAAUCCGGAUGAUGGACGGCUUUGUUUAUGUUGUCGUGCAGCUUAAAAAAUGCGUCCUGAUAGACGGAUGACAGCUUUAUUCCAGCCCACCGGGAGAAAACUUUUCAGCUCGAGCUUUGAGCAGUGAGGUGACAGCGGCAGGGAGGCGAGAAAACGGAGCACCGGUUCACUGAUGAGCUCAGAAAUGACUCGUAGGUUUCAGUGACGCUGAACGAAAGAGAGAGAGAGAGAGAGAGAGAGAGAGAGAGAUCAGAAAACUGCGUCGAUUUUCGGUGCGUGCUCGCGCUCUCGGUCCCUGCGCCUCGAGCUGAGCUGACUCGUCUGUUUACGACCGAGAUCGCAUGCAAGUAUACAACUGACAAAACACGGUUCCGGUCCGGGGCGGAACGUCUCGUCUCGUCUCGUGUGGAGAGAGAGAGAGGGAGAGAGAGGGAGAGAGAGAGACGUAUGGGUCCUGCGUGCUCGAUCCCCCGGAUUCCCGCACAGUGAGGGUGCAGUGCGGUGUCUGCGCGCUCCAAUAUCCGCCUAGCUAGCUCAUAUUUAUCUUUUUUGUUUGUUGUUGUUGUUUUCAAUUGGGACACAUGAACUGAUGAACUGGUGAACUGAUGUGCCUGGCAUCCGAAGGAGGUAAAAAAAAAAAAAAAACCCAACCCUGCGACUUUUCCCCCAUUUAUCCGACUGAACAGAUCCUUGGGACGCAGCUGGAGCUGCCUAUCUGCGAACAUUGCGUAAGGCUGCAGCGUAGGCUACGUUUUCUUCCUUUCCUCACGGUCUUUUUCUAGCUUUAAACAGAUCGGGUGACAUUGCAGUCUCUGGAAAUUGGGAAUCCUUUCUUUCUUUUCCCCUCCCCUCCCCUUUUUUUUUUUAAGAAUUUUUUUUACGUAAGCUUACUUCCUGGGUGACUACGUUGAGAAGAGGAGGAGAAGAAGAAGAGGAAGGAGGAAAAAAAAUAAAAAUAAAUAAAUAACUAAAUAAAGCGGUGAAGGUGGAGCGUCGUGCGUCGUACGUCGUGACGCAGUGGGAUUUUUACGCGUGGUCGGCGUUUGGCCCCGCCCUUCCCGCCGUGACGGCGAUGGGUCGGAAGCGGUGUGUCGGUGCAGAUUGUUCGAAGAUGGCGGCCGGCUGCUGCGGGGUGAAGAAGCAGAAGUUGUCGGGAUCCCCCGGAUCCGGGGGUCCCGGCGGGGCGGGCGGCGGGGCAGCCGGGACCGGGCACUGCGGAUCGGACUUGGGGAUCGGGUCUUCGUCGUCGACUGUCGUGGCCGGAAGCGUGAACCGAGUGAACGGCCUCGGGGGUCCGGGGGGCAGCGGGAGUUGUAGUGGUAGUAGUAGUAAUAAUAGCAGCAGCAGCGGCGGUGGUGGUAGUGGUGGAGGUGGUGUUAGCGGCGGUGGUAGCAGCAGCAACAACACAACAACCGCUCUGUCUCCAACUCCAGGAGGCUACAACUCCAGCACCGGCCUCUCCCCGAACCUCAGUCCGGGACCGGGCUCAGCCAGGAAGAUGGUGGUCUCGGCGGAGAUGUGUUGCUUCUGUUUCGACGUGCUUUAUUGCCAUCUUUACGGAUACCAGCCUCCCCGAACACCCAGGUUUACAAACGACCCCUUCCCACUGUUUGUCACAUGGAAAAUUGGCCGGGACAAGCGGUUGAGGGGUUGUAUAGGUACAUUUUCUGCCAUGAACCUGCACUCAGGACUCAGGGAGUACACCCUUACCAGUGCCCUUAAAGACAGCCGCUUUCCCCCGAUGACGAGGGAAGAGCUGCCGCGCCUCUUCUGCUCAGUGUCUCUGCUCACCAACUUCGAGGAUGUUGGUGAUUAUCUAGACUGGGAGGUGGGUGUUCACGGCAUUAGGAUAGAAUUUUUCAAUGAAAAAGGAUCAAAGCGCACCGCCACCUAUCUGCCAGAGGUUGCAAAGGAGCAAGGAUGGGACCACAUUCAAACCAUAGAUUCCUUACUUCGAAAGGGAGGAUAUAAAGCUCCCAUCACAAACGACUUCAGGAAGACCAUCAAACUGACCAGGUACCGUAGCGAGAAGAUGACGAUGAGCUACGCGGAGUACAUCGCCCAUCGCCAGCACCACCACUACCAGAACGGCAUCGGGCACCCCCUCCCCCCCUACAACCAUUAUUCCUGACAGCGAGCCGCAUGACCAGUCACUGGACCUCUCCGCGGACCUCUUCCCGGGAGAGCCCGCCCCCUCGUGGUCUAGCUAUCUCUACUACUGUACCAUUUUAUGAUGAUAGUUUCCGUUGCCAUGCUAGCUCUCUGUUUCAGACGGUGGCAUGGCAGCGGGUGGCAAAGAAGAAUCACGAUUAUGACGUGGAAAAAAAAAUCAAAUCAACUCAUUUAUUUUCUCCUUUUUAUCCUUUCUAUUGAUUUAGGUUUUUUGCAGCAUAUAUAUAUAAAAAAAAUAUAUAUAUCGACGUAUAAUCUCUUUUUUUUGGUCCUAUUUUUUAAAAAGCAAAUAAACAAGUACUGCUUUUCUUUUUUUUUUUUUUGCUAAAAAUUUUUCUUUCCAACAAUCAGAAUCAGGUUUUUUCAGUCUGUGGAUGGAAAUAAGUCAUAUUAAAGAGGGGCUCGUCAGACAGGAGAUUUGUUUAAGUGCGCUAAUCUUCCGUUCCAGUGAACGCUACACGGCUUCGACUCGCGUUACGAUUAAACCAUCACACAGAUCACGCUACACGGGGGGAAAGAUGGAAAGAGAGUGAAAUUAUUAUUAUUAUUAUUAUUUUUUUUUUUUUAAAGAAGUAUAACAGCGUGACGGCUCCCCGGUUAACUCGAGGGUUACCUUCUCCAUCAGUUUGAAAGUAAAGCUUUCCGAUUGGUCAGCUUGGUCCGUUCCGUAUUUUAUAAUCCGCAUGAAACAAUGAUGUGAAGGUUAAAUCGCCGAUUUAUUUCAGGCCCGAGAUUUAGCCGCGUUUUUCUUUGAAAGCACGCUCCAGAACAAAUCUGUUCUUUCAGCUUGUUGUGAGCUCUUCCUUUUAUGGAGAUUUGUGGGCGUGGCUAAACCUAAUCGUUCCGUAAACACAGUGAUUUAUGCUCAAAAGCCGUUUUUAUGAACAUGCGAAUCAAAUCCUUCACAAACAUGGAAACAUUUUUAGUUGGGCCAUGAAAAUGAAAUGACUCGUGGAACGUUAUUAGGGAGGAUUUUCGUUAAUUUACCUGGUUCGUCGCCGUGAUGCCGUAACCUGCGUGAAAGUCGUGUACCGUCUGUUCGCUCGGCUGCGUUUUUUUUGCUUUUAUCAUUUCUUAUAGGUUUUUAUCUCCAGCAUGUAGCCACCGGAGAGGGUUGUUUGCUUGUUUUGUUUGUUGUUUCGUUUCUUUCCUCUCUGUGCGAUCAUUUUCCGAUCUGAAUCUGGAUAUUUGUGAGUUGUGACUUGAAGUGGUGAAUGUCGUAGGGGUUCUUGGGGUUGUUCUGCAUCCUGACUGUGAAGUCGACUAGAAACGGACUCGCUUUAACAGUCUGUUGUUGUUGUUGUUUUUUUCCUGUGUGGUGUUAGAUGUGACUAUGUUUGGAGAAACUCGUCAGAAGAAAAACCGCUAGGCUAAAUUAUAUAUAUAUAAGUCCAGAUUUUGUUGUCAGAGUAUCUGAGAGCCGCCUUGUCACUCAGACGGCCUUUUUGAGUGACGUCACCUUUAUUUACUCGUGCUGGUUCUGAUAAACUGGUUCCAUUUCUUUUUUUUUCUUUUUUUCUUUUUUAAAGACUCUCCUUUUAUACAAAACGCCGGAUCACGCUGUUGUUCUGAACAGUGCUCCAGCGGAACCCCGUUCCCUGUUCUGUUCAUUACAUUGCUGCAGGGUUUUGGUAUAGAAGGUGCUCAAACAUUACAAACUGCAGAACUUUAGUCUCCUUUCUCACUGAGGGACCAUGAAGAAGAAAAAAGAUGAUGAUGAUGAUGAUGGGGCUCUUCCAGUAUGGUGUUUUUGAAGAGAACAGGAUUUCAUUCCCUCCUUUGGGAUGCUGCUGCUGUUUUUUCUUUCUUUUUAUCACACAGAGAGGAAAAUACUCUUUGCAGAGACUUGAACGUGGCUCAGCUGACUGAGACGAGCGUAAAAGAAAAAAAAUAAGAAAAACCUAAAAGCCAUACUCUUCUUAAGGCAUUGUGUAACGGUCAGGUUGGUUGUGCUGGAGUUCUCGGCCGCUGACACUUUUAACCGCGAACGUUUUUAUGAUCGGAUCUGAUCCGGGGUUCGAGGUCGGGGUCGUUUCUGAUCAGGUGACGUGUUUGUGGAAAUGAGACCUCUUCUUAAGACAUUACCUCACACCAUGAGGCGUUCCACCAUUAUCAUUAACACCACCGCCGCUUCACCUCAUGAUGCUUGGCACAAGCAGUGUUUACAUCCAUGUCCAAACGCCACAAAAUCCGACACCGGUUGCCAUGACGCAUCAGAUCGUGUGUGAAUCUUCACGUGGAGCACAAGCAUCACGAAAACUCCUCGUAACCCGUACGUGCGGCGAGGCGUGGCGUCCGUGUCGCAUCCCAUCGUAGCGUCUCUCUCUCGUGGUUUCUGUCAGGAAUCGAUCAUUUCUUCUCUCCGUGCUAAGGAAGAGAAGGUUUGCGCUGAGGUCUUGUACAAACCUGCUGGAAAAGUUAAGAUUAUUUAUCUGACGUGUGUGGAGCCGAUCAGGUCCGAUUUCCUCCUCCUCCUCCUGUUCUCAGACGCGGCGUCGCAGGACCGAGCGUUCCAGAUUUACUGAUGGUUUUCUUUCUAAAAGCUGAGAGACUUUUCCACAGGAGGACUCUCUCUUUCUCUCUUUGCUUUUCAUAUGCAAAAAAAAAGUGUAAGGGCUUUCGGUGUUCCAUCCACAGUCAUCUCCAGCUCUGUGAAAAGUAGAAACAAAAACAAAUCCCUCCUUUCAGUUGUGUUGCCUUACAAACGGAUCGGAGAAAAAAAAACCCCGCCGUCGCUCCUGAUCGCUCGGGGCCGCUGCUCUACGCCACGGUGAUUUCUCUCAUCUCCAGCAAAACAAAACGAAACACAAUCCAUCGUUUUGAUCCGAUCUCGUCCAUCUCGCGUCGGUUCGCUUUAUUUCUCCGAACACGUGAACAAUGUGAACGUCUCUCUCGCGGGCGCCGAGCGAUCAGGCCGCCGAUCCUCACUCGAGUACAGCACAAACUGGAUUUUAUAUUUUUUUAUUUUUUUCUGCUGCAAAACAAAAAUACACAGAGUUUUUUUGCCGACGUGAACGAACAUAUUUAUGCACAUCUGCAAUACAUCUGUUGCGUGUAUGUUACUGAAGACCUGAUGAAUGAACAGAGAGAGAGAGCGCGAGAGAGAGAGAGAGAGAAUAUAGAUGAUAUAAAAUGGUGCUACUGGACCUCAUUUUUUUCUGGGGGGGGGGGUUAAAGGUCACACUUUAAUGUGACUGGUCAUGCGGACUCAUCAGUCAUAUCAGACUUAUUCUUAUCCUCGAUAUAUGCAGAUCUGUUUUACAGGUGUUGUUGUUCUUGUUGUUGUUGUUUUUUGUUUUGUUUUUUUGUCGUUGUUUUUAUUUUUGUUUUCUUGUUGUUCCUUCCCGUGUAACAAACUGAAAUUUCCUGCAGGUUUGAAAGGACAAGGAGUCACGUGUCUAAUCCCAUCCUUCCCUCAUGGCCUCGGGGGGGGGGGAACACGGUCAUACACGUCACAUCCCAUCUGUCGUACAGUAGAACACCACAGCAGCAGUGAACGCACACACACACACACACACACACACACGCGCGCGCACACUCGUCUUUGACGUCCGUUAUGAAGUGUUCCUGACUGAACCUGCGCUCAGUUAAUCAGACGUCUCUCGUUCGCUCACGUGUUCUUCACGUUCAAAUCGACUCGACUUUCUGUCCGUUGAAUCGGUUACAUCGUCACGCUGCUUCCGUGAGCGGCGGGAAAGUUCUCGGGAGUCGUGAAAUACUUGAAGUCGUCCGAUUCGGAGAUCACGCGCUGCACCGAUAGAAAAAAUAAAGUGAAUGUUGAGUCACGUCAUCGAAAGUGUUCCCGAGACGUUUUGCUCCGAGACGAACACGUCCGAUAUUUCACAACCCGAUUGUCCAAACUGAGCAACACACACACACACACACACACACACACACACACACACACACACAGGAAGCUGAUCUCGUUCAUCAUCAUGUUUAUUAUUUUCUCCUGGCUCGCAGUGUUGAAGGCUCCACGUUAACUCUGUGUGUUCGAUCGAACCAAAGAUGCCUCCAGCCAUGUCCUGAUGCUGCUCUCAGACCUGCCUUCCUGUCCUUCCAAAAAAAAACACACACACACCCUGCAAGAAAAAUCCUCUGUUCUGUUUUUGUCCUUUUUUUUUUUUUUUCUUUUCUUUUUUUUUAAAAAAAAAAAAAGAUAUUGUUUUGUACAAUUUCUAACAUUUCGUUUAUGAUUAUUUUAAAAUUUCGUUCCCUGCAGCUUGAGUUCAGCGACGUUCGACUUCUCUCCACUCUGGGGGUCGGCGUCCAUCGCGUCCGGCUGCACUUUAGUUUGAUUUUUUUUUUAUUUUAUUUUUUCCGUUCAUAUUGUUACUAUUACCAUGUAUUUUUUUUUUUUUUUUUUUUU